AUCAAGAGACACACCAAACACAAACCUUCAAAAAUGUCCCCUACCAAACCCGCAACAUCCGAAUGCCGCUUCUCAACGCGGAUCUCAAUCCGCUGGCUCCCAGACCCGCCCUCGGAAACAACAGAUACAAUCGUCAUGUCCGUCAAAGACUGGUACCUAGAUCUACGAAUGGAAAAGGAAACAGGCAUGAUUGACUGGGCGAUUGCCGGGCAGCGAAUUGUCGAGAGUCAAGAUCCUUUACGAGUAUCCUUUUCCCACGAACUUGACUCUCACGAUGCAUUUGAAAGUGUCGACUGUGGUACCUUUGUUUCCCUGCCAAAUGGCGAUGAUCUCGAAACGGGUGUUAUGCCUCGAUCCGAUUUACCCGGUGCGCCUGAGUGCGAGUAUGAGGAGGUCUGGAGGGAAUUGCCGUUCAGGGAGGGGCCUGAGGGGGUAAUGGGAAUGGGGGUAUUUCUUGGGUUCUUGAAUCUGAUAAUGGGGAUAUCUCUGGCUCUGAUCGCGAAGGGGAAGUGCAAGUUGUUAAGACUUUCCUUGGGCGCAUUUGGGAUUCAUGCGCGGAUGAGGGAUCCAUCCGGUGCGCUGGUUGUUAAGAAGUCUGGUGCUGGUGUUAGUGCUAGGAGGGAGGAGUGGGAGUCUGGGUGGAAGGAAAAGUAUGUCGUUGGGGAGGUUGCUGGGGCUUUGCCUUCUAUGGUAGAUGGGUUUGCUGGCGAGGGGCGUUGGAAGCGGCCAGAUCUCUGCGCCCCUGUUUUGAACGUGACUCACUAUGAAGAGGGCAAUGUCACUCAGGGGUAUAUAUUCCUUUCUCCGUAUCACCUUACCAAUUACAAAGACGGUCCAUACAUCUACAGUCACACUGGAGAACUAGUGUGGAAUGGCGCCGAAGAUAAUGAUUUCGCACACAACUUCCAUCCCUGUCAUAUUGCCGGCCAUGACAGGCUGUGUAUGACAGAAUUGACACGUAACCUUAUAGAUGCACUCAAAUCAACAGGAUCGGCUAUUGUUAUAGACAGAGAUCUACACACGACCGAAGGAAAACGAGACUCAACUGAAAUCCAAGCUGGCAGAGAUUGUGACAUCCAUGAAUUGAAAAUCGUCGAAAACGGAACCGCCGUUUUGACAACAUGGAUAAUGACCAGACCGUGGGAUCUUUCAUCGUACGGCGGACCAGCAAGUGGAUUCCUGAGGACGACUGGAUUCCAAGAAGUCGACAUUGCAUCUCAAACAGUCCUCUUUACCUGGGAUCCGGCCGAUCACAUUGAUCUCAAGGAUUCGAACAUGGAGUUUGGAUGGGACCACUAUGGCGACGGUCUUACCCCCCAAACAGAUUGGGAUUUCUUUCACAUCAACUCAGUCGACAAAACACAAGAUGGGGGUUACUUGAUCUCUGGACGGCACACAAGUACUAUAUACAAGAUAUCACCCCGAGACGGAUCCGUCUUGUGGAGACUCGGCGGCAAUAACUCGGAUUUUACAUUCGAGCCCGGCUUGAACUUUAGUUCUCAACACCAUGUCCGAGUCCGAGAUGAAGAUGAAGGAGGCAUGACGAUAUCGUUGUUUAAUAACGCGUUUGAUAAACAUCACCAGACAGCACAUUCAUCAUCUGGUCUUGUACUGCGCAUCGAUAUGGAUGCUAUGCAUGUCACUCUCGUACAUCGAUACUCUUCGCCUCGGGGUCUUCUUGUGGAAAAAGAAGGCAGUGUACAGCCUUUGGAGAGUGGGAAUGUUUUUAUUUCUUGGGGAGCUGAACAAUCCCUUACUGAGCAUAUUUUGGACGGCUCCCGCGUGGUGUUUGAGGCAAAAUUGGACGAUUCGACUGGUUAUUGGUAUCGUGCUUGGAAGGCUAAUUUUACCACUGUGCCGACGACUUCUCCGGAUGUUUAUGCUAUGUCUGAGGGUAUUGAAGGUCCGACUGUUUGGUUUGUUUCUUGGAAUGGGGCGACUGAAGUGCAAGGGUGGAAGGUUUAUGUUUCGCGGCAGCAGUGGGGUAGGUACGAGUUUAUCGGGCAUUUUGAGAAACAUGGGUUUGAGACACGGAUUGAAAGUGAGAAGUUCUUUGCUUGGACUAUCAUCGAGGCUGUUGAUGGCGCUGGACAGGCACUUCGCAAUUCGUCGGUGCCAGUUCGUACUUCCACUCGGCGUCGAAAUCUACUCGGUGGACAGACAGAUCUUUGA